CAUCUGCCUUGCAACAAACACCAAACCAGCAGCAGAUAUCACUUGGUCACUCGAUGGACAGGAUAUCAGCGGGGAGACCAGCGUCACCGAGGAAGGCCCAUUUAACAUGAGUAGCACGAUCAUGGUACCGUCGUUUGAGACAUGGAAGCAGAUGAUCCUUACAUGUACGGUUUCUUUGAUGGGGAUGAAUGUGUCUACUACCAUUCGUCUAAGACCCAAUGGCACAGAUGUAAUCAGAGAAUUUUCAACCACUCAACCGCCUUGGAGCUACGGCCAGGUUCCCACGUCGACUUGGAAAACAUCAAAUCAUGCAAAUACUGUGAGGAUCCCUUGGUCAGCAUGGAUAUCUGUUGGAGUUGCUGUCCUGGCAGCACUUGUGCUGGUUCUAAUCAUUGCAACGGUCUUGUUGAAACGCCAAAAGCGUGUCAGCUCAGGGGAAGCAAACCGAGACGGGUCACUCUUUAGACGGAGUAGUAUUGAAAGAACUAGUGUGUCUAUGAGUCCUGUCCUCAGCACAGCUACUCAAUCAUCAGGAUCCAGGCUACUUGAGACCGCCGCUGCUGUCAACCCAAGGGAUCAAAACAAUGUACCUUCUUCCAGCAGAAAAAAGCCCAAUUCCAUAGGUUCGGAGGUUGGUCUUGUCUACGCUGAUCUCGAGCACACCAGGACACAUGCAGCUGGGGCCCCACCCAUCCGCACCGAGUGUCCCACCAACUACGCAGAAAUCAACCUUUCCCUGCUGUCGUCUUCAGUUAACCUCCCCUUUGCUUCAAGCUCACAAGACGAGGCUCCGCCCCGACCACUCCGUGGUAACCCAAUCCCACUUCUCCCCCGACAUUUGCACCUUUAAUGGACUCACUGCAUGCUAAGGAACAUUGACAUUUCGUUAUGACCCAAGUUUUGUAAAUAAGAUCUCUUUUCUGUCGAUCCACGAUAUUAAUUAUCUUUUCAGGAUAAAAGUAAAGGAGAUUCCCUCAAACGAUUGUACUUUCCAAUUUAAAAAAGAGGACCAGACCCAAUUACAGUUACAUGCUUAUGAUGAACUGCUUCGAUUUGUCGAGAUUGCGUGUUUUGACUACAACGGCGCUGAAGUUAAAUAUAUGUAUUUAACGAGAAUAAUCUCCAAAAAAGGCAUAAAAAGCCUUUUAAAAAGCGCCCCUUGAGCAGAGAUAUUGACAAAUGGGAAGAGCCACCGACACAGUGCUGAGUAGCACAGUUGGUUGGCAGGUUCAAAUCCCGCUCCGGUCAAUUUCGUUUUUCAUCUUUAUAAUAAAAAAGCCAUUUUGUGAGACUUAGAAGUCAAACAUUGAAACAGGUACAGGAUGCCAACAUUAAAGAAUUGUUUAUUUGUAAUUGUGAAUUACACGAGUCCCUCUUGUGUAACGAGGAAUCACAAGACGAGGGAGCACAAGACACGUAAAACGAACAAUCAAUUAGCGGAUUUCUUUUUCUUAAGAUUGACCAUAUAGCCAUGCCUGCAUAUCACCGUGCUGAAAUAAAUGAAUCAACCCCAAAACUUGUUCCAUCUUUUAAAGAGCAUCAUAUGAAAAUAUAAUUAUCUGCGGGACUGUAUUACCUUUAUGAAACGUCCUGUAACAGCCAUCAUGUGAUAGCCAACGGCUAGCGAUUUACAUCGCAAGACUCUUUCGGCAUCCAUGCAUGCGCAUUGCUUAGUUCGAAGUUUAGAAUUUCAAAAACUGGGGUCUCCAAAGAUUGCCCCCGGUGGCUUGAUCACUUCACGUGGACAACUAUAAAGUGGGUUUAUAAUGACUUCGUGUGCUCACUUGUACAUUUUGUUACACCGACCCAUUGGCGUCAGGAGAACUUCAAGGACUGAGCGGGAAACCAAGGAGGAUUAUACAUGUGUUGUUGGUUAACCUGGCACAUUUAAUGGUCUUAACUCGAAACUAAUUAUACUGGGAGAUUGCACGUUCAAAUCCAGCUCCAGUCAAUUUCUCGGUUCAUCUUUAUAACUCUUAACUUGGAUUAGAAAAGAAACCAAUAUAUGUUACACAGAGUGUAUCAUGAAAAAGAAGAAAAGAAGAAAAAAAAAGAAACACACUUUUGGUAUGUUAUUUAUUCACACACGGUCAAUGAUGGCCGGUUAAUCAUUUAUUAUGGACAAUGAGACGAAGAGGGUUUGGGACCAAGUUUCACUUGAAAUGCCAGCAUAAAUUAUGAUUCAGUUCUCCUCUCCUAUGAAAUGUUUGUAUAUUAAUAGGCAAGAUUCACAAUACAGUCAGGUAAGUCAUUGAGUGUCACAAUGACUACAAUGAUUUACUUUCAUUGGUUUUAGGCCUACAAAAAGCAGUAGUUUGUUUAGACAGUUACCAUCAUUUUUCCAAGAUGGUGCCGUUGACUACAGAGAGGAGAGUAUUUGUGGUGACUCAGUACGCUCGUACCCAAAAAAUUUCAAGGAAACGCAAAAAUUAUUCCGAUAAAGAUAUCCUGACCGUGGUCCUCCAGCCAACCACUUAGAAAUUAUGUAAUGAAACACCUGACUCCAAAAACAAAAGAAAUUUUAUUGGGUUUUUGUACGCUCUUUAUAGGGACUGAUUUCAGCCUUGUCGAUACAGAGGGUAUGUUUUACUAUUACAAGAAAAAACGGUUUUGAUUAAUUGGCACUGUUCAGGGACGAAUGACGACUUUCGUGUUUGAAUCUUCACCCACUAAGAGAUGAGAGGAAUCAUUACAAAAGAGCCCGUACUGCAACUGCUGUUUUAUAAUUCUCAUGUUACGGUUCAUCAUCAAAGAUAUUUUCCAUUCCUGGAUAGAGCUAUUUGUUCACGAUAUGUUAAUAAUUUUGCUAAAUGUUGUAGAUCUUUUCAUAGUGGAUAUUUAGGAGCAUUGACGAUGCCUAUGUAAAUUGAUCAAACGGCUGUACAUUCAUGGGAGAGUUAUCCCUUCCUCGUGAUGUUACCUAUUGCCCAUUGAUGCUUUUGCGAAUGCCGGUGUAAUCUGUUGCUACCUUUGAACAUUGCUGGCGUCAUUGCAGUGGAAGUCUUAGCAAGUGUAAGUGUAGUGCUGCUUUGAUGACGUAGUCCUACUGAAUUCAUGUACGAUUAUCAUUUUAGUUGCUAAUGAUAGCAUGUAUCGCAUACAUAAUAUCCAAGAAUAUGUAAUAAAAGAAACCUCACGAUUCUCUCAACACAAUAUAAAUGAUGUGGUCACACAUUACUCUUCUGUGAGUUAAACUGAAGGAUCUCAUUAGAAUUUGUAUAGUGUAGCAAACGUGGGUCCGUGCCUUAAACGAGUGUUUGUAUGGCUGCCAUCUUAUAGGCCAGUGCUUUUGUUUCAUCGGCCAUGUACAUUGCACAGGAGGUUUCCCUGAGCUACAACAGAACUGUCCUGUGAGAUGGCUACCAUGCAAAGCCUCUACUCGGGUUAUUAUUGUCUGGUUAGCAACUGACAAAAGUAAUAUGAUUUGCACCCUAAUCCAACCCUCUAAGCUAAACAAAAAGUGUCACAAGACUUUUUUUCAAAACAAUGUAUAAGUAAGUUGUCCAUGACCAGGAACAUGCACCUAUUGAUAAAAAGUUUACAACCACAGUUUUUGACAACACGACACAAUGAUUACUUUGUGCGUAGCUUCAUCAGUUUUGCCUUUGCUUUGGGGUUUCUUUUUAAUGUAAAGGGGCAUCAACUGCAUUGCUGAUGCUGUAAAUAGCUGUGACAUGCACGGCUCAGGCAGUUUUGCACAGUUGCAGCUGCUGUUGAUCCAAGGAUAUUUUUCACCCCAUUUAAUGUCCUUAAUUUUGGUUGGAAGGGAAUCGUAGGCUCUUACUAAAAUGCCAGCCA